AUGCCCGGCCUCCUGCUCCUGCUCCUCUCCGCUGCUCUGUCCUGGGAGCUCCGUGCACAGGCCGCUCCCUCGCCCUGCCUCGCCCCGGCUCAGUGGGAGGGUCGCUGGGUGCAGUACGACCACAGCACCGGGAGGAACACCCGAGCCGCGGUCUCCUAUGACGGCCUGAACCAGCGCCUGCGCGUCCUGCAGCAGCACAAGAAGCACACGCCCUGCCAAAGGUACUUUGAGUUCAUCUACUUGUUCCAGAGUGCCGUGCUGUUUCAGAUCGACCAGAAGACUAAAGAGUGCUCCAAGCUGGCCCUGCUCCAGGCCUGGGACCCCUUCGACAUCCCUGACAACUCCACCUACGAAGACGAGUACACGGUGGGGGGCCCUGGGGACAGCAUGGAGGUGCAGGAGUGGUCCGACCGCAAACCUGCGCGCCAACAUGAGUCGUGGGUGGGCAUGUACACGGUGAAGGACUGCUACCCAGUGCAGGAGACCUACACCCAGAACGCCAGCCUCACCACCUCCACGCGCUUCUUCGACCUGCGCCUGGGCAUCAGUGACCCCCAGGUCUUCACGCCGCCCCCCACCUGCACUUUAGCCCGAGCCCGGCCCCUCCGCCACGACCUCUGCUGA